AGUGACGUACCUGGUGGCUGCAAGUUUCCGCACUGUGCACGAAUUCUGGAAGAGAAAAGGGAAUACCGUAGCCUAGCCGCAGUCGGAAUCCAGGGCUGGUCUAGAAGGGAUUAAACGGUUCUCUGCGAUACUGUUCAGGGCCGAGUGACACGAUGGCAGAACCCGAGGUGGAGACCCAGACCCUGGACCCCGGAGCGGAGGAGGAGUCCCUCUUCACCGCGCUCGACCUCAUCCUCUUCUCCUUCAUCGUGGGCCUGGUCGUCUACUGGUUUCUGUCCCGCCAGAAGAAGGAGCAGAUCCCCGAGUUCAAGAAGCUCACCACAGCAGCCCCCCCAGUGAGAGAAACAAGUUUUAUCGAAAAAAUGAAGAAAACGAACAGAAACGUUGUGGUGUUCUACGGCUCUCAAACGGGGACGGCCGAGGAGUUCUCCAACCGGCUGGCCAAAGACGCCCAGCGCUACGGCAUGAGGGGCAUGUCGGCCGACCCGGAGGAGUACGACAUGUCCGAGCUCUCGCGUCUGUCGGAGAUCGACAACUCCUUGGCGGUGUUCUGCAUGGCCACCUACGGAGAGGGCGACCCCACGGACAACGCCCAGGACUUCUACGACUGGCUGCAGGAAACCGACUCCGAGCUGGAGGGGGUCAAUUUCACCGUGUUUGCAUUGGGGAAUAAGACAUACGAACACUACAACGCCAUGGGUAAAUACGUGGACAAGAGGCUGGUGGAGCUGGGCGCCACGCGGAUCUUUGACCUGGGCAUGGGUGACGAUGACGGCAACUUGGAGGAGGACUUUGUGUCGUGGAGGGAGCAGUUCUGGCCGGCGGUCUGCGAGCAUUUCGGAGUGGAGGCCACGGGAGAGGAGUCCAGCAUCCGCCAGUACGAGCUCGUGGUUCAUACCGACAUCAACAUGAACAAGGUUUAUACUGGCGAACUGGGCCGUCUGAACAGCUUCGAGACCCAGAAACCGCCUUUCGAUCCAAAGAACCCCUUCCUGGCUCCAGUCACAGCAAACCGCAAACUGAACAAGGGCGGCAGUCGGCACCUUAUGCACGUCGAGCUGGACAUCUCCAGCUCCAAGAUCAGAUACGACUCGGGAGAUCACGUGGCCGUCUACCCGAUAAACGACACCUCGAUCGUGAACAAGAUUGGAGAGCUCCUCGCCGUGGACCUUGACGCCGUAAUCUCCCUCAACAACCUUGACGAGGAGUCCAAUAAGAAGCACCCGUUCCCCUGCCCCACCACCUAUCGCACGGCCUUGACGCACUACCUGGACGUCACCAACCCGCCACGCACCAACGUGCUGUACGAGCUGGCGCAGUACGCCACGGACCCCAAAGAGCAGGAGAACAUGCGCAAGAUGGCCUCAUCGUCCCCCGAGGGCAAGGCGCUGUACCACAGCUGGGUGUUGGACUCCCGCAGGAACAUCUUGGCCAUUCUGGAGGACAUGCAGUCUCUGCGGCCCCCCAUAGACCACCUGUGUGAGCUCCUGCCCCGGCUGCAGGCCCGCUACUACUCCAUCGCCUCCUCUUCCAAGGUGCACCCCAACACCCUCCACAUCUGCGCCGUGGUGGUGGAGUACGAGACCAAGACCGGGCGGCUCAACCGGGGCGUGGCCACCAACUGGCUGAAGAACAAAGUGGUGACCGACAACGGUCACAAGUCCACGGUCCCCAUGUACGUCAGGAAGUCCCAGUUCCGGCUGCCCUUCAAGGCCAGCAACCCGGUGAUCAUGAUCGGGCCUGGGACCGGCAUCGCCCCCUUCAUGGGCUUCAUCCAGGAGCGAAGCUGGCUGAAGGAGCAAGGCAAGGAGGUGGGCGAGACGGUGCUGUAUUACGGCUGCCGUCACAGGGCCGAGGACUUCCUGUACCAGGAGGAGCUGGAGGAGUUUGAGAGGGCCGGGGUGCUCACCCAGCUGAACGUGGCGUACUCCCGAGACCAGGAGCAGAAGGUCUACGUGCAGCACCUCCUUAAGAAGAACAAGGAGCAUUUGUGGAAACUGAUUCACUCUGAAAACGCGCACAUCUACGUCUGUGGGGACGCCCGCAACAUGGCGCGUGACGUCCAGACGGUGUUCUACGAGAUCGGGGAGGAGCUGGGCGGACUGACGCGCCCCCAGGCCAUCGACUACGUCAAGAAGCUGAUGACCAAGGGCCGGUACUCGCAGGACGUGUGGAGCUAAAGACCCUUACGCUGACCCGCUCACACAAAAUGGGUUCUAGCCCCCACCCUCACCACCCCAACUCACCCCUUUUCCCCUGGGGUUUUCCUGGGAGGCUUGGAGGGGCCUCAUUCACAUACAUCUUCAGUUAUUGCUGCUGGUCGUUUUUUUACAAUGGCCGCACCAUCAAUGCAAGGACAAACAAAAAAAUCUUUCCCAUGUUCAGAACAUUUGAUUUUACCACCCAGGAUGCUUUGUUAUCAAUUGCUGUCGCCUUUUUCGGAUGGAAGCUGUGGAUACCAGUGACUCAUAUCUGCCAGUUUAGCAGUUAACAUACUUACCUUACUCUGAGGGGUUUCUGUCUGGAAGGAGAAAGCAGUCAUGAAGUGUCUCUAUUGUAACUUCUCAUAGUAAGCUGUAGAAAUGGAAGGAGAACCAAAUGUAUGCUCAGAGACCGAAAACCACGAUGUCUGAGAUGGGUCAGAGGAAGAGUUGAGUUUGGCAGUUAAUGUGGGCGCGCAGGAAUACGUUUAAAUAAUGUUUGUAAAACAAACUGGUGUAUGAAAGCGCAAAACAUUCGGGUAAUGUGUGUCCUUCAUUACCUGUUAAACCAGUGUAAUGUAAGAUUUUAAUGAGAUUUUAUCGAAGGGAUGUAAUCCCAGAAGGCAUUUAGAAAGUUUUGCUGUGAUGCAUUACCUUGUACACUUAUAAAAAUAAUUCCUUACAAUAUAGGUAAGAAAAGGACGCAUAAUGUUAAAUUGUCAUAGUUAACCGUAUACAUAUUUCAACAUACAUAAACUGUAAAGGCAGUUACUGUAUUUUACCAUUUACACUUUAUUUUAUGCAUUAGAUCAUUGUAAAUAAUAAGAGAGCGAAGUACUGUGCAAAACUAAUCCAGUCAUCUACCUUAAAUCAUUUUCAAACAUAAUGUCUACAUCAGUCAUGUUUGUCACUGCGCUGUUGAUACUUGUGCUUUGGUUGUGUCGGUAACGGAUGAGUCCUGUCCGUGUCCACCAUCUUUCCUUUUUUAUAUGUGAAGAAGCAUCUCUGUAGAGAGUCUGUUAGCAGUGUACUGUACUAUGGAAAUGGGGUUUUGAGUCUAUUCUUCAAAUUAGCUUGGUAGACAAAAUUGCAAUUUGUAACCUUUUUUUUUAAAGCCAAGAUAUAUAUAUAUAUAUAUUAAAAUUUACACAUGAAAUUGACAUUUAAAUCAAAUCCAACCAUUUUGUGUCCUCUAGCUCUGAAUUCUGCUACAUACGUUCAGUGUUACGUCAUUCCCCUUUUUUGAGGGGUGUGAAAUGCUUGUAUGUGGAGGAAAAAAUCUGCACGUGGCUUGAUUUAAUUGUUCAUUUGCUAUUAAGACUUGUUCCUUCUAUAAUGCAAAAAAUAUUUUUUUUUUCUUUUGGUUGGUGGGGUUUAUAAUUCUGGCAAGCAGAUGUUUUUGUUUUUGUUUUUUUCCCUGUUAUAAGGUGUUGUGGAUAAUUUGUUCAUUUCUUUUCAGACUCAGAUAUUUCGUCUGGAUUUUCCUGGUCAUGUCUCCUACGCUCCUAUGUAUGCUUGUAAAAUAACAAAUUUUUCUGGUGUUGUAAUGCUGUAGACUUGCGGCAUAUCUUGUAGCUCUUGUCAUGCUGACUGUUGGAAUUCUAAAACAAAUGAGUACAUUUCAUUAACCAGUUGUUGAUUCCCAGAUGAAAUGGAAUCAUGUGAAAGUCAUAUUAUUAUUUUUUUAAGUACUAGCUAAAUCUGGACUGAUCAAUGCUGAAUAUGUAAGUCAAGGUGGUCAAAAUGAACUUGGAGCAUCUCAGUUUUUUUGUUUUGUUUAUUUGUUUAGUUUUUUGGUUUGUCCAGAACAGCACAGGUCUGUCUGGUUUCCCCUCACAUAGGCCUUACUCAGCUUAUGGACAUUUUUCUGGAAAGUUCAGGACUUUUAAUUCCUGAGAAGUAUGACUAGGCACCACAAUGACAGAUGGAAGUUUCACGGUGAUCAUUCUCAUUUUGCCAAACGGUUCUGUAGUCACAUAGUGUAAUUGGCAAUCUAAACUAGUGCCUUGUUAUUCUGGUAUGCCUUCUCAGUGCUUCUGGGUUCUGUUGGACUGCAUUAGAAACUAUUGGUACUAUUGGUGUCCUGUGUUACAUUUUGUCAGCUUGAUUCUGUUUUAUAUGCAAUAAGUGUUUUCCUUUGUACAAAGAAAAUUCUAAUAACUUCUAGGCAUGCAUUUUUAAACAAAUAAAAAUUGAAAUCAA